AUGUCAACUAUUGUAGGAAUAGUUAUUGCUGACGAGUUUGACAGUGAAGACGAAAUAACCGAAAUACCUGUCAAGCCCGUUACUGAACCUGUUAAAGAGGCGAUCCGAGAGCCUAAACCUCUUGAUAUCAAAGAUAAUUUUUCCCUCAUUGGAAAUGAUAAUGGUAGUGUUCUUAUAUAUGAUGGUCCUGUAGAUUAUCUUUUCUACCAGAGCGUCGCAGAAAUUGUCAAUAUAUUCAUGGAAGAAUAA